UAAGUUUCCUUCCACGGUCCAAAAACAUACAGUUGAUAAACGAUGUCUCUAAAUCGUUUAUGUGUGUGUGUGUCCGCAUGAGGAUUUUUUCUUAACCAGCCUUCAAGAUGAGAUUUACACGACGGUAAGUGUGAUUUAGUCCCUGUCAAUGACGAUCGCAGCACUUGUUUUGUAUUAAUGGUUGUCAUAGUUGCGGUUUCCUCUUAUACAUACGUAAAACAAACAUUUCGUGCCAUCGAACAAGUUUUAUGUAUACUGGUAACAUCCCGAGUUCAACAAAACGCUAUAGAACACCAAUGGUUACAAUACCAAAUAAAAUGAAUUCGUUUUACUAUAUAAUUGUUUUUUUAGAGACCAAAAUAAGCAAUGCACUAUUACGGUUUCAUAAUCUCAUUUUGCCGGAAUAAACCUGAAUCUUUUCUGUCUUUAUCCAGAACCUUCCGUAGGAGCGCCCUUGACCGGUGUCAGGGAGCUGAGGCUGUAUAAAUAGCGGCCGCCGCCUCCGAGGCUCUUUCAGGGCUAUAAGCAGGUCUGUCAAUCAUCACCCCCGACCCACUUUCUGCGGAGCGACGCUCGUCAGUCUCGGCGCCCAUAAUGACCGAGUCGGAAAGGUGCCUGAAUGUGUAUUACUGCAGUAAGGAGUGCCAGAAGGAGGACUGGCCAAAGCACAAGGCCUCCUGCAAACAGCUCCGGCUGGCGGCCAUCGACCGGCUGGUGGAGUGGCUGGUUUUUAAAGGAGACCUUCCAUUCUCCACGGAACAGUGGUCACGGCCUGCCGCGGAGGUGAAGAACUGGGAGGACUGGCUCUCCAUGCAGGGCGACCUCAAUUCCCGUCUGGAGGCCAUCUUGUCUGGGCCUCACAUGCAAGAACUAUGGACUAAUGUCAGCAGGACCCGUCCAGAAGACGGCGAGCUGCGGGAGUCACUAUGGCGGGUGACCAGCGAGUUCCUGUCCAAACCGCUCACUCUGGGCCUGGGGCUGCGCUUCUUUGGCCUGGACCCAUACUCCCGGCCCCUCACCAUCCACCUGGUGGGGGCCUCUCACAACGAGACCAUGGGGGCCCGUCUCACGGACUUCGACGAGCUCAGCCGCAUGUUCCCUGGCCACCAGGGCCUGGAGGUGGUCAUGGUGGGACCAGAGGUGGUGGAGGGGCCUAUAAUGAGGCCCCCGCUGAGAGCUUUUGGGCCCAGGGGGAGAGUCUACAUCAGUGCCUACAAGGGCCUGUACCACCAGUUCUGGGAGGAGCUGGUGCAGAAGCAGGAAGCAGCCAAGCCAGACCUGGUGGUGGGAUUUCAUCCAGGGUUUGAUGGCAGCCAGACCAUGGAGGACGGGUGGCUUCCUACUCUGCUGCUGCUCAGGGACUAUGACAUCCCCUCUCUGUUCACCAUGCUGAAUGAAGAGGAGCUGAAGUACUCUCUCCAGAUCCUAACGGAGCUGGAGAUGCACAUCAGAGGAACCGGAGCCAACCCCUUCGCCUCCCUGAAGCCAGAGCAGGUCCAGGCCUGUCCCAACAAGACUCCAGUCUUCUGCAACGCACACUACCUCUACUUCCAGGGCCUGCUGGAGCAGGACGACGAGGAGCUGGAGGAGGACUGAGCAGUAACCAGUGUAACGCAUGUCCUCGGUGAGAAGGCACCUGUUAAAAGAUGCUAAAUGAUCACAACAAAUUAAGAUGGACAAUCUCAUCAGAUGAGGGAUAUCACUUAUGAUUAUUACAUGUGAGAGACAUAAAUGGAAUUACAAAUGAAUGCACUGAAAUUAUUCCAAAACAUCCAAGUGGAAGUGCUUAUCUUUCUAUGCAUGUGCUGUUUUCCAGCGGGGGGGGUGCUGGCAUCAGGAAUGUGUUGUGGUGAAGUGAAAAUAAUUUCAGGGUACAGUAUCGGCUGUAGGGAAGCUUUUUUGUUUUUAUAUGAAGUGUGCAUGUGUAAAGUUUGAUCUUUCUGUCGAUUUUAUAGGCCCUGGAAUGCUCAAAGUUCUUUCUGCAUGUCUGCUAAUUGCCAAGCUGAGUGGGGGCAUCGCAAUAUCAUAGGUCAUACAAGCGAUAAUAAAGGCCUGUUUUACAUGCUACGAUAAGCCCCUUUGUGCUUUUGCACUGUAAAUGAAUAUCUGAUUAUUUCGUCUGUGACUGAAUAGUUUUGACUGUGGUCCAAAAAUGUAUAAAUGCACUGUUGAAAAUACUUACAGACAUUGGAGUGAAUCUGCUGAAAAUUACAAGUUAUUAAGUAUAAAUUAAAGCAGCAGCACUAAAUAAAGAUCUGUGUAUAAUAAUAUGAAUUACAGGUGUUGGUAGUAGAGGAUCGCUGAUCUGAACUAGGCCUAAUGCCCUGAGCCCAUUGCAGUGCCAGUUUGAAUAUUUAUUAUUAAUUACUGGAGUAUUUGCAGGUUCUGUCUAGGGUUUCUUUUUAAACCUGUAGCUAUGGUAAGCUAUUGGGUAAUUCUGCACUUGGACAUCAAGGAGGUCGUAAUUGUACUGUAGGCAAAUAGAUCCUUGUGUAGCAGACUCAGGCAGAAAUGGCUUCACAAGGUAUUUCCCACGCUCCAUGAAAUAUCACAGAAGUGGCAUUCUUGAUGGAACCUUUUCCAUAUCAAAUAAUGUCCUUUCACUGUGACCACAAAUAUUUCUUGUCAUCAGAAUCGUCAUUUGUUAAUUUUUUUUUUUAGAAUAAAAUAUCUACUAUUUCAUAGCAACUAUA